GCCCAACCAGAUCGAUACGAUACAGAUAUGGAAAGAUCUCUACGGGUUCGCAUACGCCCAUUAUUGGCAUAACACUUCAAAGCGCAUGCGCAGACGGGUUCUCACACGCUUCGCACUCUUGGGAAGUGCUAUGUUUGGCCUGACCGGUUAUUAAAGCCCCAGUCGACAAUUUCGCACCCGGAGCUUUACCUCAACAUCACUAUAUUCGACGCCCGUUACCCCGGAAAAUAAGUCACUUUUGCAUGCCGCGCAAUCGAGUGUCCACGAAUCCUUCAUUUGCGAUAUGGCGCCUCAUAUGACGAUCGCGGAUCUUGGGCCUGCUUUCGCUGCGCGGCUUCUAGGCCUCGCCAGGUACGAAGUAGGUGCCGUCAUUUCGAUGGACCUUUUAACUACUCCACGGAUCCAUCGAGCUUGGUGCGGACUCCGACUCGGACAACCCUCAACAUACGCUUCUUUCGCGCUCUCCGGAAUAGCCUCCACCAUUGAGCAGCCAUGUCAAUUCUCCUACCGCUCUACGUCUAUCCCAUUGCCGGGGCAUGGGAUCCGCUAUAUUCAGCGGCAAAAGCGCACCCCGAUGUCGACUUCACAGUCAUCGUGAAUCCAUGCUCCGGACCAUGCAUAGGCUCUCUCCCCGACCAAUACUACCUGAGCGAGAUCCCUAAACUGCGAACUUAUGAGAACAUCCGCACGCUGGGCUACGUCGCGACGAACUACGCCACAAAGAACCUGAGCAGCGUGCUUGCGGAGAUCGAUACGUACGCGAAUUGGCCGAAGAUGGCGAACAAUACGAAACUGAAGGUUGACGGGAUCUUCUUCGAUGAGACCCCGAGCACAUACGAGUCAUACAAGUAUGACUACUUGAGCAAAGCCAGCACGGCAGUGAAGAACGGGACGAGGUUCCGCGACCGGUUCGUGGUGCACAACCCCGGCCUCGUAUCCCCCGAGCUUCUCAACUCGAAAGACAUCAUGCAAAACUCUUACUUGAACCUCUCCGACAUUACCGUCAUCUUCGAAGAGACGUUCGACAAAUGGCUCGACAAGUCAAACUUCGACAAGCUACAAUCGCACAGGAUUCGUCGCUCUAAGCUCGCCGUGAUCCUGCAUUCGCUCCCGGAUCUAAGCAAAAGGGUUCUCGAUUUCGUGGUUGAGCAGGUUGAAGACGCGGCGGAUUGGUUGUUUGUUACGGAUGUUAAGACGAAGGACGAGUAUUAUCACGGCUUUAGUCCGAUAUUUGCGGACAUGGUGAAAAGUGUGGAUGGGGGAGCCGAGUAGCGGUGAGUGCUCUCGAAGUGUGUUUCUUUACACAUAUCUCCUAUUUUAUUCUGGCUGUCGAUACAUGUUCUAGAAAGGCACAUCAUUAAAAAGCGUUUAUUUUCACCGUCGC